CUUUAAAAUCCUGAAGGCGCGGUCAUGACGUCAUACGUAUGAAGAGAGAGAGAGAGAGAGAGAGACUUCUUCAUGCUGACCAAUUAAGGCUCUGAGAGAGAGAGAGGAGCAGCGGAGGGACACCACUUUCUUUAGGACACCAGUCAGACCAGUACACCCAUUUUUAUCCCCCCACAGGGACUGAGAGCGCGUGGGGAGGGAGCACUCACACCCACGCACACACACCGACACACACACCCUGAGAGAGCAGAGAGAGAGCGCAGAGACACCGAACCUCCGGAUCCGGAUCACAGCAGAAAAACAGCCUCGCAGAGAAAGAGGGAGGCCCGCAGAGCCAGCAGACUCCACCCAGAAACGCAGCCAGCGAACCGAGAGCCAGCCGAGCCCAUAAAAAUGAGCGGAUCACACCCACGGCUCCACCAGAGCGCCGCGCCCGCUCCCAACGCUCUCUCAGCGGAUAAGGACGCAGAAAUGCCCGCCACGGAGAAGGACCUGGCCGAGGACGCGCCGUGGAAGAAGAUCCAGCAGAACACGUUCACGCGCUGGUGCAACGAGCAUCUGAAAUGCGUCAACAAGAGGAUCGGGAACCUGCAGACGGACCUGAGCGACGGGCUGCGGCUCAUCGGGCUCCUGGAGGUCCUGUCCCAGAAGAAGAUGUUGAGAAAGUACAACCAGAGGCCCACCUUCCGCCAGAUGCAGCUGGAGAACGUGUCCGUGGCGCUGGAGUUCCUGGACAGAGAGAACAUCAAGCUGGUGUCCAUAGACUCUAAAGCCAUCGUGGAUGGGAACCUGAAACUGAUCCUGGGUCUGAUCUGGACCCUGAUCCUGCACUACUCCAUCUCCAUGCCCAUGUGGGAUGAGGAGGAGGAGGCAGAUGACGGCAAACAGAAGACGCCGAAGCAAAGGCUGCUGGGAUGGAUCCAGAACAAGCUGCCUGAGCUCCCCAUCACCAACUUCAACAAGGACUGGCGAACGGGCCGGGCUCUGGGAGCGCUGGUGGACAGCUGCGCUCCAGGUCUGUGUCCGGACUGGGACCAGUGGGAUCAGACCAAACCAGUGGACAACGCCAGAGAGGCCAUGCAGCAGGCAGACGACUGGCUCGGCAUCCCGCAGGUUAUCACCCCCGAGGAGAUCGUUGACCCCAAUGUGGACGAACACUCCGUCAUGACCUACCUGUCCCAGUUCCCCAAAGCCAAGCUGAAGCCUGGAGCCCCCCUUCGGCCCAAACUCAACCCCAAAAAGGCCCGCGCCUACGGCCAAGGUGUGGAGCCCGUGGGUAAUGUGGUGAUGAAGAAGGCCCCGUUCACCGUGGAGACCAUCAGCGCCGGGAUGGGAGAGGUUCUGGUUUAUGUGGAGGAUCCAGCAGGACACAGAGAGGAGGCUAAAGUGACGGCAAACAACGACAAGAACAGAACCUACUCAGUUUUCUACAUCCCUAAAGUCACAGGCAUGCACAAGGUCACGGUGCUGUUUGCAGGUCAGCAUAUCUCAAAGAGCCCGUUCGAGGUUGAGAUCGGCAUGGCUCAGGGAGACUCCAGCAAAGCCACGGCUCAGGGGCCGGGAAUUGAGCCAUCAGGAAACAUCGCCAACAAAUCCACCUACUUCGACGUCUACACAGCAGGUGCCGGCGUUGGCGAGGUGGAGGUGGUGAUCAUGGACCCUGCAGGUAAGAAGAACACGGUGACCUGCACCAUCGAGGACAAAGGGAACAGCAGUUACCGCUGCACCUACAAACCCACCACAGAGGGGCAGCACAUCAUCUACGUCACCUUCGCUGGGGGGCAGAUCAGCAAGAGCCCAUUUACCGUCAACGUGGGGGAGGCCUGUAACCCCAGCCUGUGCAAAGCCAAGGGCCGCGGUCUGCAGCCGAAGGGCCUAAGGGUGAAGGAGACGGCAGACUUCAAAGUUUACACCAAAGGAGCCGGGACAGGAGAGCUCAAAGUGACCAUCAAAGGGCCCAAGGGUCUGGAGGAGCCGUGUAAGAGGAAAGACCUGGGAGACGGCGUUUAUGGGUUUGAGUACUAUCCCACCACACCAGGGACCUACAGCAUUACCAUCACCUGGGGAGGGCAGCACAUUCCCCGCAGCCCCAUUGAGGUGAAGAUCGGCGCCGAGGCAGGUCAGCAGAAGGUGAGGGCCUGGGGCCCAGGUCUGGAGGGCGGAGUCGUCGGUAAAUCAGCUGACUUUGUGGUGGAGGCUGUUGGCGACAACGUUGGUACGCUGGGAUUCUCUGUUGAAGGUCCGUCUCAGGCCAAGAUCGAAUGUGACGACAAAGGCGACGGAUCAUGUGACGUGCGUUACUGGCCCACAGAGCCCGGGGAGUACGCAGUCCACGUCCUCUGCAACAACGAGGACAUCCAGCACUCGCCCUUCAUGGCCGAGAUCGUCAACCCGCCAAGUAAAGACUUCUACCCCGACAAGGUGAAGGCGUUCGGCCCCGGCCUGCAGAGCAGCGGUCUGGCUGUGGGAAAACCCACAGAGUUCACUGUAGAUGCCAAACAGGGAGGGAAAGCUCCACUGAAGAUCCUGGCCCAGGACGGCGAAGGUUCCCCCGUGGACGUUCAGGUUAAAGAUAACGGAAACGGCACCUACGCCUGCACCUACACGCCCCGCAAACCUGUCAAGCACACCGCCAUGGUGUCCUGGGGCGGAGUCAACAUCCCUGACAGCCCGUUCAGAAUGAACAUUGGAGCCGGCUGCCAUCCUAACAAGGUGAAGGUGUCCGGACCCGGGGUGGCCAAGACCGGACUGAAGGCCUUUGAGCCCACCUACUUCACAGUGGACUGUGCAGAGGCAGGCCAAGGUGACAUCAGUAUUGGAAUCAAGUGCGCCCCUGGCGUGGUGGGACCAGCCGAGGCUGACAUCGACUUUGACAUCAUCAGGAAUGACAACGACACGUUUACGGUCAAAUACACGCCGCCUGGAGCCGGCAGCUACACCAUCAUGGUUCUGUUCGCCGACCAGGCCAUUCCAAUGACACCCAUCAGGAUUAAAGUGGAUCCUUCUCACGACGCCAGCAAAGUCAAAGCAGAAGGACCGGGACUGAGCCGCAGCGGAGUGGAGCUGAACAAACCCACCCACUUCACAGUCAACACUAAAGGAGCGGGAAAAGCCAACCUGGACUGUAACUUCAGCGGGCCGACCAAAGGGGAGGUGGUCAAAGACUUCGAGGUCGUCAACAACCACGACAACACGCACACCGUCAAAUACACACCUGUGCAGCAGGGUCCUCUGGGGGUCGCUGUGACCUACGGCGGGGACCACAUCCCUAAGAGCCCGUUCAACGUGGCUGUGGCGCCGACAGUUGACCUCAGCAAGAUCAACGUCAGCGGGCUGGGCGACAAGAUGACCGUGGGCAGAGACCAGGAAGUGACCGUCAAAUCAAAGGGUGCCGGCGGUCAAGGCAAAGUAGCUGCCAAGGUCACGGGACCAUCAGGGAAACCCAUCUCCAGUAAGGUGGAGCCGGGUCUGAGUCCAGAGACCAGCCAGGUGAAGUUCAUCCCCAGAGAGACUGGGCCGUACCAGGUGGAGCUCACCUACGAUGGAGUCCCGAUCCCCGGAUCUCCCUUCACCCCUACUGCCUACCCUGCCUCAGACCCCUCCAAGGUGCGCUGCUCCGGUCCAGGUUUGGAGCGUGCCAAAGUCGGGGAGAAGGGCGAGUUCAUUGUGGACUGUACCAACGCCGGCCCAGCUGACCUGACCAUCGAGAUCAUCUCAGACAGCGGCACGGAGGCCGAAGUCCACAUCCAGGACAACGGAGACGGGACCUACACCAUCACCUACAUCCCCCUGUACCCCGGCUCCUACACGCUGACCAUCCGCUACGGUGGCCAGGAUGUACCAAACUUCCCUGCCAGGCUCAACGUGGAGCCCGCCGUCGAUGCCAGCGGAGUCCGAGUUUUUGGACCAGGAGUGGAGGGCAAAGGAGUUUUCCGUGAGGCGACCACAGACUUCACCGUGGACGCUCGCGCUCUCACUCAGGCCGGAGGCGACCACAUCAAAACCCUCAUCAGCAACCCAUCAGGCAGCCGCACGGACGCCCUGAUCACCGACCUCGGGGACGGGACUUACAACGUGGAGUACACUCCCUACGAGGAGGGUCCUCACAGCGUGGAGGUUUGCUAUGAUGGCUCUCCGGUACCGAAGAGUCCGUUCCGUGUCGCCGUCACUGAAGGCUGCGACCCGGCUCGUGUUCGUGUGCAUGGUCCAGGUCUGAAGGGAGGAAUCACCAACAAACCCAACAAGUUCACAGUGGAAACUCGAGGAGCUGGUACCGGUGGUCUCGGUCUGGCUAUGGAGGGUCCAUCAGAGGCUAAAAUGUCCUGCACUGAUAACAAAGAUGGCAGCUGCAGCGUGGAGUACGUCCCAUAUGAGCCUGGAAAAUACAACCUGAACAUCACCUACGGAGGACAGCCGAUCAAAGGUAGCCCGUUCUCUGUGCCCGUCAGCGACACGGUGGACAGUACCAAGGUGAAGUGUCAGGGUCCAGGACUGAGCAACAACGUCAGAGCCAACAUCCCUCAGGCCUUCACGGUGGACGCCUCCAAGGCCGGAGUCGCCCCGCUGCAGGUCCGCGUGCAAGGACCCAAAGGCGUGGUGGAGCCGGUGGAGGUGGUGGAUAACGGCGACCAGACUCACACAGUGAACUACGUCCCGACCAGAGAAGGACCAUACUCUAUCAACGUGCUGUACGCCGAUGAGGAGAUCCCCCGCAGCCCCUACAAGGUGAAGGUUCUCCCCACCCACGAUGCAAGCAAGGUGCGAGCCAGUGGACCCGGCCUGAACACCACCGGAGUGCCUGCCUCUCUGCCCGUUGAGUUCACCAUCGAUGCCAAAGACGCUGGAGAGGGCCUGCUGGCCGUGCAGAUCACUGACCCAGAAGGGAAGCCGAAGAAGGCCAACAUCAGAGAUAACCACGAUGGGACUUACCUGGUGUCCUACGUUCCCGACAUGACGGGCAGGUACACCAUCCUGAUCAAAUAUGGUGGAGAUGAAAUCCCGUACUCGCCAUACAGAAUCAGAGCACUGCCAACUGGAGACGCCAGCAAGUGUACCGUCACAGUCUCAAUCGGCGGGCACGGUUUAGGCGCCGGCGUCGGCCCGACCAUCCAGAUCGGAGAACAGACAGUCAUCACCGUGGACGCUAAGGCUGCUGGGAAAGGAAAAGUGACAUGCAGUGUGUGCACACCUGAGGGGGCAGAGCUCGACGUGGACGUGGUUGAGAAUGAGGACGGCACAUUUGAUAUCUUCUACACGGCGCCGCAGCCCGGCGAGUACGUCAUCUGUGUCCGUUUUGGAGGAGAGCACAUCCCCAACAGCCCCUUCCAGGUCACGGCCCUUGAAGGAGCUCCAUCAGAACAGCUGAUGCAGCGGAACCAAAUGCCCCAGUACUACGCUCAGCAGCCCUGGGCGACAGAUCGACCGAUGGGGAUGAACGGCCUGGACGUAGCGGGGCUGAGACCGUUUGACCUGGUCAUCCCAUUCACCAUCCAGAAGGGCGAGAUCACAGGUGAGGUCAGGAUGCCGUCCGGUAACGUGGCCAAGCCCGACAUCACAGACAACAAAGACGGCACAGUCACCGUCAAAUACGCCCCGACGGAGGCCGGCCUACACGAGAUGGACAUCAAAUACGACGGCAUCCACAUCCCCGGAAGUCCUCUACAGUUCUUUGUGGACUACAUGAACAGCGGGAACGUCAGCGCCUACGGCCCGGGUCUCAUCCAUGGGACAGUCAACAAGCCGGCUGUGUUCACUGUCAACACUAAAGACGCUGGAGAGGGCGGUCUGUCUCUGGCCAUCGAGGGUCCGUCUAAGGCUGACAUCAGCUGUGUGGACAACCAGGACGGGACGUGCACCGUGUCCUACCUGCCCGUCCUGCCUGGAGACUACAGCAUCCUGGUCAAAUACAACGACAAACACAUCCCCGGCAGCCCCUUCUCUGCAAGAAUCACUGGUGAUGACUCGAUGAGGAUGUCUCACCUGAAGGUGGGCUCGGCCGCAGACAUCCCUCUGGACAUCGGAGAGCUGGACCUGAGUCAACUGACCGCCUCCCUCACCACGCCGUCGGGCCGUGAGGAGCCGUGUCUGCUGAAGAUGCUCCGUAACGGACACGUUGGCAUCUCCUUCGUCCCCAAAGAGAUCGGAGAACACCUGGUUAACAUCAAGAAGAAUGGGCGCCACAUUCCCAGCAGCCCCAUCUCUGUUAUGAUCAACCAAUCAGAGAUUGGCGACGCCAGCCGCGUGCGUGUGAGCGGGCAGGGACUUAGCGAGGCGAGGACGUUUGAGCCUGCAGAGUUCAUCAUCGACACGCGUGACGCAGGAUACGGCGGUCUGAGUCUGUCCAUCGAGGGCCCAAGUAAAGUGGACAUCAACACGGAGGACCAGGAGGACGGUACCUGUAAGGUGACCUACUGCCCCACCGAACCCGGAAACUACAUCAUCAACAUCAAGUUCGCCGACCAGCAUGUUCCAGGGAGCGCGUUCACCGUGAAGGUCACAGGUGAGGGCAGGAUGAAGGAGAGCAUCACCAGGAAGAGGAGAGCGGCGUCGGUCGCCAACGUGGGCAGCCAGUGUGACCUCAGCCUCAAGAUCCCAGAGAUCAGCAUCGCCGACAUGACGGCUCAGGUGACGAGUCCGUCCGGUCAGAUCCACAAAGCCGACAUCAUGGAGGGAGAGAACAACACCUACUGCAUCCGCUUCGUCCCAACAGAGACCGGCGUGCACACGGUGUGUGUCAAAUAUAACGGCAUGCACGUUCCCGGCAGCCCCUUCCAGUUCACCGUCGGCCCGCUUGGAGAGGGGGGGGCCCACAAGGUCCGAGCUGGAGGGCCGGGUCUGGAGAGAGCUGAGGCUGGAGUCCCUGCUGAAUUCAGUAUCUGGACCAGGGAGGCUGGAGCCGGGGGCCUCAGCAUCGCUGUGGAGGGGCCGAGUAAGGCCGAGAUCGCCUUUGAGGACCGCAAAGACGGCUCCAGUGGAGUGUCCUACGUCGUUCAGGAGCCGGGAGACUACGAGGUGUCGAUCCGUUUCAACGACGAGCACAUCCCUGACAGCCCCUUCAUCGUCCCCGUGGCCUCGCCGUCAGACGACGCUCGCCGCCUCACUGUUGCCAGUCUUCAGGAGUCCGGCCUGAAGGUGAACCACCCGGCGUCCUUCGCCGUCAGCCUGAACGGAGCAAAGGGCGUGAUUGAUGCGAAGGUGCACAGCCCGUCAGGAGCUCUGGAGGAGUGCUGCGUGACCGAGAUCGACCAAGAUAAGUACGCCGUACGGUUCAUCCCCAGAGAGAACGGCCUCUACCUGAUCGACGUCAAGUUCAAUGGCAGUCACAUCCCCGGGAGUCCCUUCAAGCUCCGCGUGGGUGAGACCGGUCAGGCCGGAGACCCCGGGAUGGUGUCGGCGUACGGACCGGGACUGGAGGGAGGAAACACAGGCACAGCCUGUGAGUUUGUGGUGAACACGAGUAAUGCCGGCCCCGGAGCGCUCGCCGUGACCAUCGACGGGCCCUCGAAGGUGAAGAUGGACUGUGUGGAGUGUCCUGAGGGGUACAGGGUCACGUACACCCCCAUGGCUCCUGGAAACUAUCUCAUUUCCAUCAAAUAUGGCGGUCCUUAUCACAUUGUGGCGAGCCCCUUCAAGGCCAGAAUCACCGGCUCUAAGCUGGUGGCGAGCCACAGUAUGCACGAAACCUCUUCGGUCAUGGUCGACCCCGUGACCCGCGCCAUCAGCUGUUCUCAGCACGGAGCUCCUGUCCAAUCAGACGCCAGCAAGGUGGUGGCGAAGGGCCUGGGUCUGACAAAGGGCUUCAUCGGUCAGAAGAACAGCUUCAGCGUCGACUGCAGCAAAGCAGGUCGUAACAUGCUGCUGGUCGGGGUGGACGGGCCUAAAGUCCCGUGUGAGGAGAUCCUGGUCAAACAUCUGGGGAACCGCCUCUACAACGUGAGCUACCAGCUGAAGGAGAAGGGAGAGUACAUCCUGGUGGUGAAGUGGGGCGACGAGCACAUCCCCGGCAGCCCCUACCACAUCGUCGUCUGAACGCCACCUCCCUCUGUGACCCCGCCUCCCCGCCCCGCUCCACAUUUAGAGCCUUAAACCACUGUUAAACCUAGAGUCUACGCCGUCAUGUUUACAGCCCCUCCCUCCAUCCCUACCUUAAGAUUUCUACACCGCGUAACCGCCAAACUGGUUUCUACACCGCGUAACCGCCAAACUGGUUUCUACACCGCGUAACCGUCAGACCGAUUUCCUCACUGCCGUCUUCCAAAGAUAAACCCGGAUUAUUCCCCCCUUUAAUCCCUAACGCGGAUUAUUCCCACCUUUAAUCCCUAACACUGAUUAUUCCCACCUUUAAUCCCUAACGCGGAUUAUUCCCACCUUUAAUCCCUAACGCUGAUUAUUCCCACCUUUAAUCCCUAACGCGGAUUAUUCCCACCUUUAAUCCCUAACACUGAUUAUUCCCACCUUUAAUCCCUAACGCGGAUUAUUCCCACCUUUAAUCCCUAACGCUGAUUAUUCCCUAACGCUGAUUAUUCCCACCUUUAAUCCCUAACGCUGAUUAUUCCCUAACGCUGAUUAUUCCCACCUUUAAUCCCUAACGCGGAUUAUUCCCACCUUUAAUCCCUAACGCGGAUUAUUCCCACCUUUAAUCCCUAACACUGAUUAUUCCCACCUUUAAUCCCUAACGCGGAUUAUUCCCACCUUUAAUCCCUAACGCUAAUUAUUCCCACCUUUAAUCCCUAACGCGGAUUAUUCCCACCUUUAAUCCCUAAUGCUGAUUAUUCCCUAACACUGAUUAUUCCCACCUUUAAUCCCUAACGCGGAUUAUUCCCACCUUUAAUCCCUAACGCUGAUUAUUCCCUAACGCUGAUUAUUCCCACCUUUAAUCCCUAACGCUGAUUAUUCCCUAACGCUGAUUAUUCCCACCUUUAAUCCCUAACGCGGAUUAUUCCCACCUUUAAUCCCUAACACUGAUUAUUCCCACCUUUAAUCCCUAACGCGGAUUAUUCCCACCUUUAAUCCCUAACGCUGAUUAUUCCCACCUUUAAUCCCUAACACUGAUUAUUCCCACCUUUAAUCCCUAACGCGGAUUAUUCCCAUCUUUAAUCCCUAACACUGAUUAUUCCCACCUUUAAUCCCUAACACUGAUUAUUCCCACCUUUAAUCCCUAACGCGGAUUAUUCCCACCUUUAAUCCCUAACACUGAUUAUUCCCACCUUUAAUCCCUAACGCAGAUUAUUCCCACCUUUAAUCCCUAACACUGAUUAUUCCCACCUUUAAUCCCUAACGCGGAUUAUUCCCACCUUUAAUCCCUAACGCGGAUUAUUCCCACCUUUAAUCCCUAACGCAGAUUAUUCCCACCUUUAAUCCCUAACGCGGAUUAUUCCCAUCUUUAAUCCCUAACACUGAUUAUUCCCACCUUUAAUCCCUAACACUGAUUAUUCCCACCUUUAAUCCCUAACGCGGAUUAUUCCCACCUUUAAUCCCUAACACUGAUUAUUCCCACCUUUAAUCCCUAACGCAGAUUAUUCCCACCUUUAAUCCCUAACACUGAUUAUUCCCACCUUUAAUCCCUAACGCGGAUUAUUCCCACCUUUAAUCCCUAACGCGGAUUAUUCCCACCUUUAAUCCCUAACGCAGAUUAUUCCCACCUUUAAUCCCUAACGCGGAUUAUUCCCACCUUUAAUCCCUAACACUGAUUAUUCCCACCUUUAAUCCCUAACACUGAUUAUUCCCACCUUUAAUCCCUAACACGGAUUAUUCCCACCUUUAAUCCCUAACGCGGAUUAUUCCCACCUUUAAUCCCUAACACGGAUUAUCCCUUUCUUUCCCGCCGUUUCUCCACCGUUCCGUUUGUUAGGGAGGACGAAGAUGCACCUUUUUAUUACUGUAAACCAGCAGACAGACGUGCCUUUUACAGAUCCAGUAAUGGACUUUUAGUAGAACUAUCUAGAAUCUUAGCCUAGCGUAGCCUAGCGUAGCUUAGCUUAGCAUGGUGUAGCAGCAGCAGGUUUUGAGCCCAGCUUUGAUGGAAGGUUUCUGUUUACACUGGAGGAGCUUCUCUCACAAACAUUUAUGAAAAUGCUGAUUCAGAUUCAUACGAACAAUGAAAGGACUAAAAACAAGCAGCGCGAGGAUAAAUAAAACGAUUUUUAAGAUCUCACCCCACUCUCAAAAAUCAAAUAUCACCUUUUUCUGACAUCACUGCAAUAAAAACAGAAUUCAUUCAGCCAGUAUCAGGUCAUUUCUCUGUUUCUGAUCUGAAAGUUGCAUGCAGACUCCUACAGAUUGUCGUAUAGUCUAAAACAUCUGCAGAAGUUUCCGUUCCAACCUAAAAACAAGAGCACCAAUGUCUAAAAGUGCAGACAUGUUUGGACCCGCGGGUAAAGAUGGAGAGGAGCAGCGGUGUCCCAGUGCAACCCGAAUAUUCAGACUCAGAAUAUUGGCUGCUUUUUAAAAUUGCAGCAAAGUUCUGCACGCUUUCUAAAUUGCACAGGUCGGGCUCUACGUUGGUACCAGCUCCAACAGGACGUCUUCUUCUCCUCUACGCCUUUCCUCAUGAAGCUGAGGCUUUCUGGUCUUUUUAUCAAAAACAUCAGGGUUUGAACAUUUCUGAUGCCGUAUUUUAGGAUAAAAAUAUCUAAAAACUGAGGAAGGGAGAUAACACGUGGGAGUUUCCCUGUCAUUUUGAUGGAUUUAAUUUUUCACUAGAGUCGAUCACUAAAACAGCCGUUUCUGUUAUUUUAAAACCUGCUGAUUUUUCCAGCCCUAUGUGAGCGUUUAUGACCUUGAAUUGUUCGUAUAAUCGCACGUUUUCCGGCUCGUUCCUUCACUCUCCGGCUCGGCCGCACGGCGGCGUUCUUUAGACAGUAACUCGAUGUUUACCUGCUGCUAGCGUGAUCCGUUUUAAAGCACUGCUGUUCACAAUCAGAGAGAAAUAUUACAGCGUCCUCACCGUUCACCGCCAGCCAGUCAAUAAAGGUUUAUGAAAAAGGGAAGUUUGUGGGCUGAAGGGCCGAGGAUGAUGACCAAAAACCAGAGAGCAGAUGUGGCUUCGCCCCCCCGCCCCCCAGCUCGCUUCGUGCCUCAUCUAUCAGAACAAAAAGAUCCUGGUCUACAGAAAAGGCUUUAACGUGUUUGUAUGACAGUAUUUUGAUACACAAUAAAGUUGUCUGAGUAUUUUUCUGUCAA